AUGGAAGAAACAACGCUGAAUCCCUUGAAUCCCAAGGAGGCCGCCAUUAUCAAAAAGAAGGCCGAAUUGGAAGCAAUGCGAAUCAGAUUAAAGGAGGCCCAAGAACACCGAGAAUCCGCUCAAAGACAGGCAGCCGAAUUGCGAUUGCAAGUGGAACAAAUUAAGCGACAGAUUCAGGAGGUAUGUAUUUGAUUGUUUGUUUCUCGUCUCCAGCUUACUGUAUUUUUAUUUUUUCUUUAUUUUUCAGACCCGCAAUGCUGGUUCGUAA